GUCUGUGCGCACAUGCUCAGUGAGGUUAUUUUUGCGCACAGAAGCUUUAAGAGCGCAGCGGCUGGAGUCAGACGGCAGCAGAGAGAGCGGAGAGACGGACGGGCAGGCACAGCAGGAGGAGAGCCGAGAGCCGAGAGCCGAGACCCGAGAGCUGAGAGCUGAGAGCCGAGAGGACCAUCAGCUGUGCGCCUCUAACCAGAUGAACCAUCAUCGACUCAGCCGCAGACCCGGCUCCGCGCUGGGCACCGCGAGCUAGGCGCAUGAAUUUGUGCCACACGGCUCCUCACACAACUUCUCCUCCAUAGACUCUUUAUUUUGUUUUAUUACCAUCGUCUUUUCUCAUUGUUUCACUGCCAUCAUGGUACUGGGCAAAGUGAGGGCCUUGGCGAUUUACUUUGACUGUCUGAACGAGAACAACUUGCCGGUGUUCUCCGGCGGAGAGCUGGUGUCAGGCAGGGUGGUCGUGGAGGUGACCGGGGAUGUGCGGGUGAAGAGUCUGGACAUAACCGCGAAAGGAGUCGCAAAGGUCCGGUGGACGGAGUCGAGGAACGCCGGAGCCAACACGGCUUACAGCCAGAACUACACGGAGGAGGUGGAAUACCUGCACCAUUACGACACCUUGAUAGGAGAGGAGAGAGAUGAGGACUGUCCAGAGGAGGGUCUGACUGUUCUGCACGCCGGCUUGCAUGAGUUCGCCUUCAGCUUCAACCUGCCUCAGAUGGCCCUGGCCACGUCCUUCGAGGGGAAGCACGGCAGCGUGAGGUACUGGGUGAAAGCUGAACUGCACCGUCCAUGGCUGCUCCCUGUCAAAGUGAAGAAAGAGUUCAUUGUGUUUGAACACAUCGACAUCAACACACCGCUGCUGCUGGCUCCUCAGGCUGGAACAAAGGAGAAGACUCUGUGCUGCUGGUUCUGUGCUUCAGGCCCGAUCUCCCUCAGUGCCAAGAUCGAACGAAAGGGCUACACACCAGGCGAGUCCAUCCAGAUCUUUGCUGAGGUGGAGAACUGCUCGUCCCGGGUCGUGGUGCCAAAGGCCGCGCUGUACCAGACCCAGACCUUCUUCGCCAAGGGCAAGGGGAAACAGAUCCAGCAGCUGGUGUCCAACCUGCGAGGAGACCCUCUGCCGCAGGGGAAGAGCCAGAGCUGGGAGGGAAAGCUGCUCAAAAUACCUCCGGUGUCGCCCUCCAUCCUGGACUGUCCCAUCAUCAGGGUGGAGUACGCCCUCAUGGUGUAUGUGGACGUUCCUGGCGGGCUGAACUUGUCUCUGUCGUUGCCGUUGGUGAUCGGGACCAUACCUCUCCACGCCAGCACCACCCGCACCUCCAGCAUCAGCAGCAACUGCAGCACUUUGAGCUGGCUGGGCCUGACGGAGCGACCUGAGGCGCCGCCGAGCUACAGCGAUCUGGCUAUAUCAGAGUCUCACAGGCGAGAUUGUCUGCAGGGCUGUGAUAGGUCUGACGGGGAGGGAGAGGACCAGGGAUCUCUGCUAACAUACAUCACAGAGUUCAGAUAUCUGCCCCCGCCACUCUACUCUGAGGUCGACCCCUACCCUGACCCGGUGGAGGUGUGUGGGGCCACAGAUGUCAGGAGACCCGACACGUGUCCGUCCCGCUGAGGAGAAGCUCCGAAAGGCUUCUGCAGGGAAGGAAAAAAGAAAAAAGAAAAAACCGAGACACCGUCACCCUCAGCUACCACGGCCCACACAGCCAGCUUCUCACCAGAUUAUGUAUCACGAUUAAUAAGGCUAGACCCCUCCCUGACACGGGAAUGUCAGCUGAGAGAGUAUUAGGUGACCGUUGACGUAUGGACCAGGGAUUUUGAGCCAUGUCGGAUCCUCUGUAUCCUGUGCUCAAGACGAGGCAAAAAAAAAGAAAAGUUCUGUCUGACACCACUGUAUGACUCUGUCAGAAGAAGCCUCCUCCUGCCUCACAGUGAAUUUUGCACAUACCGUACUUACUGUUUUUCUGUCUGUGGGUUUAUACGCUGCAGAUUCCCACAGGCCUACACGCCACAGUCGAAUCUGUCCACAGAUCUAAACAAAGUCGUACUCUUUAAUCUAAAUGGCACAUUAAAAACAGGACAAAAGCUAUCUUCAGUAAAACGAUAGUUUGAGGUCGUGACCGUGGCCUGAAAGUGUCGCUGUCACUAACCAGACUUCAGGUGGAAACUGUCUCUUUUUGAGAACACAGCUGAAAAUCACCGAGAGAGUUAAAAACAAAAGAGAGAGAAUAUAAGACAGAUGACGUUUCUGCAGAAAAACGACCACCUCGAGCACUUAAAAUAAAGCUCAAAUUGUGUGUGAGUGUGAAUGAGAGACAGAGUGUGUGUGUGUGUGUGUGUGUGUUGGUUUAAAUGACCAGGUUAAAAAAACAAAAUAAACCCAGACAGGGUCUCAGAGAAAAAGCACAAACUCCGACCAACCAAGAGAAAAGUACCACAAGUCGCCUGUUGGUUUCUGCUCUGAACUAAAGCUUCUCUUGCUGUAGAUUUUUCCAAACGUGGAUGUUAAGAAGCUUUGUGCUCGCAAAAAGAAUGACAAAGAGUAAAAAAGAUUAAUGUUUACAGAUGAAUAUAUCAAAUUGAGAAUGUUGUUCAAACAUGACUUCUUCCACCUAAAACUUCAAAGUACCAAGUGCAAUAUAUUUUUGUAUUUGUGAUUUUUUUGCACUAGUUUUUCAUAUACUCUGUUGCUGUUUAUUCCAUUUCUGUGCAUUAUAUAUUAUUGUUAUGAUCUUAUUGCUGUCAUGAUCAACUUUUGAUAAAAUAAAAAGUUUAUUUUAUAAAAUAA